CAGUGGUUGCGCCUCUCAGGCUGCGGUCGGCCGCAUCUGGAGCGGAGCCGGGUGGACGAGGUGCCGGCCGCCCCGCCCCUCCAGGCCGCCGCGCUCCUCCUGCGGCGGCGUCGCCGGGCGCGGCGUGAGGCGGGCGCUGCCGCGCCAGCAGCCCUGUGGCGGCGACAACGAUGGACCGGGAGCCAGUGGGCCGUGCGGGAGAAGGAGAAGCCGUCGCAGCCUCGGGUGCAGCGGCCGCCGCGGCGUUCAAAGAGUCGGCGCCGCAGGUGGGUAAUGAAAGAGGCUUUGAAAAUGUAGAACUGGGAGUCAUAGGCAAAAAGAAGAAAGUGCCAAGGAGAGUCAUCCACUUUGUUAGUGGUGAAACAAUGGAAGAGUACAGCACAGAUGAAGAUGAAGUUGAUGGCCUGGAGAAGAAAGUUUUACCUACUAUUGAUCCGACAAAACUUACCUGGGGCCCCUACUUAUGGUUUUAUAUGCUUCGUGCUGCCACAUCAACCCUCUCAGUGUGUGACUUUCUUGGAGAGAAGAUUGCAUCUGUUUUGGGCAUCAGCACCCCAAAAUACCAGUAUGCCAUUGAUGAGUAUUACCGGAUGAAGAAGGAGGAAGAAGAAGAAGAAGAAGAAAACAGGAUGUCUGAAGAAGCAGAAAGACAAUACCAACAGAAUAAGCUGCAGGCUGAUUCUGUUGUUCAGACAGAUCAACCAGAAACAAUGGUAUCCAGUUCAUUUGUGAAUCUCAAUUUUGAAAUGGAGGGAGACUGUGAAGUAAUUACAGAAAGCAAACAAAACCCAGUCUCUCUCCCACCGUAGAAUUAAAUGACUAUCAAACGUCAAACGCUAAAGUUUUUAUACUGGGAACUUUUACAUUCUUUAUUCAGUGGGACUUAAUAUAUUUUAAAUUAUUGCCUGGAAAAGGGACAAAUGUUUCUUCAUUCUUAGGCUCUAUCUAGCAAAAGCCAGAUCUGAAAUUUGGAUAUUUGUACUAUAUGUUUACUGUGUCAUACUAGUGCUUUGAAAUAAGUUAAGGACAUUAUCGAGUCCCAGUCACCAAUUAAGAAGAGUUAAAUGAUUAACCUUGUCUGUUGUUUGUGUUUGUAAGGAAAAGGUAAAUUGCUGAUUAAGGCUAAUUGGAGCUGAUAUUCCUUGUCUCAGAUUAAAAUGAGGAUUUUUUCCCCCUCUAGAUUUUCUCAUAUUAUGUCUUACAUUUAUAUAUUUAACUAUUAAUUUCAUACUAAGGAUGGUUCACUUAAUAAAAGGAGCAAGAUAAAAGCACUUUGAAUUUUCUUUCCUUGAGAAUAACUUUAUGGGAAGGUGAUUGAGUUUAACACGAAUGUUAAGAUGGGUUUCCAUUUUUUAAUACAGGUUACUUAAUCUGUUACUCUUUUUCAGUAGUUUUGAAUAUAAUGUUAAAAACACUAGUUAUAGAAUGAACUUAAUAAUGUGUUUGUUUUCCAAUAAUAAUACCCAAUGAUUAUCCAUAUGGCAUCCUGGUUACAUCACUUAUUCAGCCCUGUAGUUUCAGGGAGGUGGGUGGGAUUGUGGGACAGAUUAAAACCACCCCUCAGAGGCUCACUGUUAAAUUUGCACAAGAUACAGUGAUAGCAUAAUGAAGUUACCCAUCAUUUACCACUUUAACAAUAGUAAAAUGGACUGUUUACUUUACCCAGGUUGGCCAUCUCUACUCGCUGUGCUAUUAGCAAACCCUACCAAAGUAUAAUAUGAAACUAAUUUUGAAAAUAUUCCUUAACAUGUUCAGUUUCUUAUGAGAGGUGGCUAUGAUACUGAUUUAUAACUGAAUAUGGGUAAGGAAGAGUGUAGAGUUAUUUUGGAAAUGCUACUCUUAAAAGCCUAUUCACAAACUUAGAGCUUUUAGAAAGUUUGUUAAUCCUCUAAACAGCAUUAAGCUUUUGGUGUUAAUAAUCUACAUAAAAUACGGCUUCAAAGAAAUUCACUGUGGGUACAGUGGGCCUGUUAUGGAAAUGUAUUGUCAACCAACAUGAAUAUCUGGUCACUAAGUUUUUCAACUGAAAUCUGAAGUAUUUAGGAAAUAUAAUUUUUCAUUAGGAACCUUCAGUUACGUGGAUUCAUGGAAUAGUGGUUAAUGGUAUGUGAUAGUAAUUUUUUUAGUCCUAUGUAUAAACUAUAUAAUUUAGUGUUCAAAGGAUUGAUCUUCAGAUUAUGUAAUUAAUGUCACUGUAAAUUAUAGUUUACCAGUAGCUCUAAAACAUGCUGAUCUGACCUCUUCCCUUAAUUUGUUUUUAAUUUCAUUUGAGGUAGUACCUUCUAACUCAAGAUAUUUCGGUAGCCAUUGAAGGUACGCAUAUCCAUCUAAAGGUGAUCUGAAUCUUCUCUCCUCAGAGACACUAGAUCUAAGAGUUUACCUACAAACUUUUCUGAUUGUAGUAGAAAGAUAUGACUUGUGAAGUUUUACAUUUCUUAAAUUUUACUUUCUCUGUUUGUCCAACAGUGGCCAGUUUGUAAUGUUUAUAUAGUUAUUCACUGUGCCUUAAAUUUUAUAUUUAUUUAUGCAAAUUAUAAAAUUUCCCAUAAAUGCA